GCAAGAAUGCCAGCGGCACGCCUGUGCGUUGCGGCGGCGUCGCGGCGCGCUAUUGGCGCGGCGCCGGCAUCAUUCGGCAAGCAGCUGUGCAGGCUGCUCGCGGUGUCCAGUGCGCGUUCCAGCGUGACGUCAGCAGCCAGCGAGCGAGCCAGCGCCAGCAUGUACGUGGCCGAGGACAGAGGCGCGCCCUACUCGCCGGACUACCGGGUCUAUUUCAAGGACGCGAGCGGGCCCAUCUCGCCGCUGCACGACAUCCCGCUGUGGGCCGACCGCGCGGCGCGGCUGGCGCACAUGGUGGUGGAGGUGCCGCGCUGGAGCAACGCCAAGAUGGAGCUGAGCCUGGCGGAGCCGCUCAACCCCAUCCGCCAGGACGUGAAGCGCGGCGCGCUGCGCUACGUGGCCAACGUGUUCCCGCACCACGGCUACAUCUGGAACUACGGCGCGCUGCCGCAGACGUGGGAGGACCCGCGCCACGCGGACGCGGCCACGCGCGCGCGCGGCGACAACGACCCCAUCGACGUGCUGGAGAUCGGCGCGCGCGUGGCGGCGCGCGGCGACGUGCUGGCCGUCAAGAUCCUGGGCGUGCUGGCGCUCAUCGACGAGGGCGAGACGGACUGGAAGCUGCUGGCCAUCGACGCGCGCGACCCGGCCGCCGCCGCGCUGCACGGCCCGGCCGACGUGGAGGCGCAGUUCCCGGGCCUGCUGCGCGCCACGGUGGAGUGGCUGCGCCUGUACAAGGUGCCGGACGGCAAGCCGCCCAACGCCUUCGCCUUCGACGCCGAGGUGAAGGACGCCGCCUUCGCGCUGCGCGUCGUGGACGAGGUGCACGAGUUCUGGCGCGGCCUGGUCGCCGGCGACGCGGACGCGCCCGACAUCAGCAAGAUGAACGUGACGGUGGAGGGCAGCCCGGGGCGCGUGGAGCGCGCGGACGCGGCGCGCGUGCUGGCCGCCGCGCCGCCCGUCGCGCCGCCGCAGCCGCCGCCGCCGCACGUGGACAAGUGGCAUUACGUGUCGAGCCUGUAGCGUGGUGCGGCGGCGCAGCACGGCACGGCGCGGGGCGGGGUGUCGGCAGUGCGUCACGGGGAGCGGUCCCCGGGCGCGGGCGCGGGCGGGCAGCCUCGGCGUUCCCUUUCCGGCGAGUGAUGUUACAAGUUGUUGUUAACUAAUUUAAGCUAUUAUAUAAAUAUUUUUGUAAA